AUGGGCAAGGUAAAGAGUUAUCUACUUGUGUUUUCAUAUGAUAAAACAUCCACAUAAAUUACAUUACUGACAGCCUAAAGGUUGGCACAAAACAAACCACUGUAAAUGUUUUGUUUCAGAUCAUCUUCUAUGAGGACAGGAAUUUCCAGGGUCGCUCCUAUGAGUGCAUGAGCGACUGCUCUGAGCUGACCUCCCUCCUGAGCAGGAGCCAGUCCUGCAGGGUGGAGAGCGGCUGCUUCAUGGUCUAUGAGCGCCCCAACUUCCAGGGCCUGCAGUUCUUCCUGAGGAGGGGCGAGUACCCUGACAUGCAGCGCUUGAUGAGCAUGGGCAUGAUGUUUGACUCCAUCAGGUCCUGCAGACUGAUCCCAUCUGUAAGAUAUCUCAGCUACAUGUGUAUCUGAUUUGAUUAAUUUUAUAGUUGAAUUGAUGUUUGUGAAUGAUCCUGACAUCUUCUCUGCAUUCGGUUACAGCACAGAGGUCCCUUUAGGAUAAAGAUCUUUGAGAGAGAGAACUUGAGCGGUCAGAUGAACGAGCUGAUGGAGGACAGCGACAACAUCAUGGAGCGUUUCCGUAUGCAGGAGUGCUUGUCCUGCAACGUGAUAGACGGUCACUGGCUGCUGUUUGAGCAGCUCCACUUCAGAGGCAGGAUGAUUUACCUGAGGCCCGGCGAGUACAGGAGCUUCAGGGAGAUGGGCCUGAGUGGCAUCAGGAUCCAGAGUCUGAGGCGUAUCAUCGAUGUGUGCUAG